GCAGCCCCGGCGGUGCCGCUGCCGGGCCGGGCCGGGCCGGGCCGGGCGGAGCGGCCCCAUGGAGCGGCCGAAGAUGGCGGAGCCGGAGAGCCUGGAGACGGCGGCGGAGCACGAGCGGAUCCUGCGCGAGAUCGAGAGCACGGACACGGCCUGCAUCGGCCCCACGCUCAGGUCCGUGUACGACGGCGAGGAGCACGGGCGCUUCAUGGAGAAGUUGGAGGCGCGGAUCCGCAACCACGACCGGGAGAUCGAGAAGAUGUGCAACUUCCACUACCAGGGCUUCGUGGAUUCCAUCACCGAGCUGCUCAAGGUCCGGGGCGAGGCCCAGAAACUCAAGAACCAAGUGACAGACACCAACCGGAAGCUGCAGAACGAAGGGAAAGAACUGCUCCUGGCCAUGGAGGAGCUGAGGCAGUGCCGGCUGCAGCAGAGGAACAUCUCGGCCACGGUGGAUAAACUCACGCUGUGUCUCCCCGUGCUGGAGAUGUACAGCAAGCUGCGGGAGCAGAUGAAAUCCAAGAGGCACUACCCGGCCCUGAAGACCCUGGAGCACCUGGAGCACACCUUCCUGCCCCAGGUGAGCCACUACCGCUUCUGCAAGGUGAUGGUGGACAACAUCCCGCGGCUGCGCGAGGAGAUCAAGGAGCUCUCCAUGUCCGACCUCAAGGACUUCCUGGAGAGCAUCCGCAAGCACUCGGACAAGAUCGGCGAGACCGCCAUGAAACAGGAUUGCAGAUUCAAUCAGUGGAAAAUAAUUGCCAGGAUAUUCUUCAGUCUCCUGCUCUCUCCAAAUGUUCAGGCACAGCAGCAGAGGAACCUGGACAACAUCGUGUCCCAGCAGCCCAGGAUUAGUGGGGGGAAGAAAUCCAAGAAGGAGUUCAGCGCCAGCUCCGAGCUGGAGGUGAAGAACACCAGCCCCAUGUCGGAGCAGGAUUCGGGGAUCCUGGAUGUGGAGGAUGAGGAUGAGGAGGAAGAGGUGCCUGGAGCCCAGGAUUUGGUGGAUUUCUCCCCGGUCUAUCGAUGCCUCCACAUCUACUCCGUCCUGGGAGCCCGGGAGACCUUUGAGAGCUACUACAGGAAGCAGAGGAGAAAACAAGCGCGGCUGGUGCUGCAGCCUCCCUCCAACAUGCACGAAACUUUAGACGGCUACAGGAAGUAUUUCAAUCAAAUUGUAGGGUUUUUCGUGGUGGAGGAUCACAUCCUGCACACGACCCAGGGCCUGGUCAACCGGGCCUAUAUUGAUGAGCUGUGGGAGAUGGCCCUGUCCAAAACCAUCGCGGCCCUGAGGACCCACUCCUCCUACUGCUCCGACCCCAGCCUGGUGUUGGACCUCAAGAACCUCAUUGUGCUCUUCGCCGACACGCUCCAGGGCUACGGCUUCCCCGUGAACCAGCUCUUCGACAUGCUGCUGGAGAUCCAGGACCAGUACAGCGAGACCCUGCUGAAGAAAUGGGCUGGGGUGUUCAGAAAUAUCCUUGACUCAGAUAACUACAGCCCCAUCCCGGUGUCAAAUGAAGAAGUUUAUAGGAAAAUCGUUGGACAGUUCCCAUUCCAGGAUGCUGAACUUGAAAAGCAACCCUUCCCAAAGAAGUUCCCCUUCUCGGAGUUCGUGCCCAAGGUUUACAGCCAGAUCAAGGAGUUCAUCUACGCCUGCCUCAAGUUCUCCGAGGACCUGCACCUCAGCUCCACGGAAGUCGACGACAUGAUCAGAAAAUCCACAAACCUGCUGCUGACCCGGACCCUGAGCAACUGUUUACAGAACGUCAUCAAGAGGAAAAACGUUGGACUGACAGAGCUGGUGCAGAUCAUCAUCAACACCACCCACCUGGAGAAAUCCUGCAAGUUCCUGGAGGAGUUCAUCACCAACAUCACCAACGUCCUGCCCGAAACCGUCCACACCACCAAGCUCUACGGCACCACCACCUUCAAGGACGCCCGGCACGCCGCCGAGGAGGAGAUCUACACCAACCUCAACCAGAAGAUCGACCAGUUCCUGCAGCUGGCCGACUACGACUGGAUGGCCCCGGAGCCGGGCAGCCGGGCCAGCGACUACCUGGUGGAUCUCAUCGGCUUCCUGCGCAGCACCUUCGCCGUGUUCACCCACCUCCCGGGGAAGGUGGCCCAGACCGCCUGCAUGUCGGCCUGCAAGCACCUCUCGACGUCGCUGCUGCAGCUGCUGCUGGAGGCCGAGGUGAGGCAGCUGACGCUGGAAGCCCUGCACCAGUUCAACCUGGACGUGGAGGAGUGCGAACAGUUUGCCAGAUCCGGCCCAGUGCCUGGGUUCCAAGGGGACACGCUGCAGUUGGCCUUCAUCGACUUGAGACAACUCCUGGACCUGUUCAUCCAAUGGGAUUGGUCGACAUAUUUGGCCGACUACGGACAGCCCACGUGCAAGUACCUUCGCGUGAACCCCACCACAGCCCUCAUCCUGCUGGAGAAGAUGCGGGACACCAGCAGGAAGAACAACGUUUUCGCCCAAUUCCGGAAAAACGAGCGGGACAAGCAGAAGUUGAUCGACACCGUGGCCAAGCAGCUGCGUGGCCUCAUCAACAGCCACCACUCCUGAGGGGCUCCGGAUCUCCUUCCCGCAGCCUGGACUUCGGGAAUCUCGUUGGGAGAGAAGAUUUGUAUUUUUUUAUUCGCCUGGAAAGUCUCCGCGGAGCCUCCCCCCGAUGGCAAAGCCCUCCCGGCGGAACAAUCCCGGGAAAAGAGGUGGUGGCAGGAGUCUCCUGGAUAAACUCCUAUUUUCAGGGGUUUAGGAAGUGAUGGGAAUUCUUGGAGCCUGGGAGAAGUUCACACCCGGACUGGGUUGUUGUUUUUUUGUUGUUUUUUUUUUUUUUUUGGUCAAAGCCAAAUUGAAGGGAUCAUCCUGCCUUCCUUUUGUUAAUUUAUUCCCUUGGAAAACUGAGAAAUCUGGGAAGAGCCGUGGGUUCUCUGGGCUGAGGGAAGAGGGUCACCCUGAGUGUGAACUGUGGUUUGGAUUUAGGUAGGAAAAAGGGAUUUCCCAAGGUUUUUAUUCUCCUCUUUUCCCCCUCCACCGGGCUGAUUUCCACGUUAGAGUGCAAAUCCCUGGAAUUGUGACCCUUUCCCACAUGUCCAUAACCAUCCCUCAGCUCCACUCCGGGAUUGCCAGGGGCUGUGGGAUCACGGAGAAGGGUUUGGAGCGGCCUCCUUGAUUAAAUUUGGGAAGGGACAGCCAAAGGAUAAUCUGGGAAUGUGUCCUGUGGCUGGGAUGCUGCUGGACACAUCCAUGGAUGGGGAGCGGGAAGGGAUGGAUGCUCCACAGGGAUGGCGGGAAGGCACACCGGGAUGUCCCGGUGUCCAGGAGGGGUUUUUUCCGUCUUUUCCCUGCUCGUGUCCCAUCCUCCCUCUCCUCCUGAUGGUUCCAUGGGGAAAACUUCCCUGGGAAGUUUUGGAGUGGGAUGCUGCUGGACACAUCCAUGGAUGGGGAGCGGGAAGGGAUGGAUGCUCCACAGGGAUGGCGGGAAGGCACACCGGGAUGUCCCGGUGUCCAGGAGGGAUUUUUCUCCUCUCUUUUCCAUGCUGGUGUCCCAUCUUCCCUCUCCUCCUGAUGGUUCCAUGGGGAAAACUUCCCUGGGAAGUUUUGGAGCUGGACCAGCGGGAAUCUCCUGGAGCAGUGGGAGAUUCCCCAUGGAGCAGCGCUGCUCCAAAGAGCCUGUGGAUAAAAUUCCCCCUGUUCCAAAAGUCCCCAAAAAUCCUCUGCUCAAACCAGGCAGCCACCAACAGGAUUUAAUCCCAGGAUUCCAGUUCCAGAGGGGAAUUUUUGCCCUUCUCAUCUUGCCACCCUUUUGCCUCUAAUUCCUCACAUUAUCCAGCCACGUUCCCAAACCCUCAGAGGGAAUUCCUGGUGGUUGUUGCAGCCCUGAACUGCUGCUCCUGUGCCCAUUCCCAACCCUCUGGAUGCACUAAUCCCGAGGUUUUUCCUUCCCGCCUUGCUCCUCAGCAAUAUUUUGGGGUUGGUUUUUGUUUGGAGAAGGUUCCUUUGGCUCAAUCCCAAAAUUCAACGGGAACUCGAUCAGGAAUGACCCCCUGGAGCUCUUGGGCUGUCCCAGCCAUCUCCAGCUACAGGGACCAAGGGAUUAUUUUCAUUAAUAAGAGGGAAAAUUGGUAAUUCCUUGGCUGUGGAGAGGGAUCGGGGGUUCCUUGUGAACUCCUCCUGGAGGGAUAUGGAAGAGGAACGACGGGAAAAGCAGCAGGUGAAGGAAAGUUGGAGUCAGCGUGGCCAGAAAGGGAUUGGCUUUGGAAACAACCCAGAGCGGGACAAGGGAUGGGAAUUCUGGGAGUGGGAUGGACGAGGAGCAGAAACCCCGGGACACAGGAAAGGGAUUUUGUGCUGCCAUCCUGAAAUUCCAUUUUCCCCUCCUAUAUUUCACUCCCACAAAAAAAUCCCCAGCACAGCCGAGGUUUCCCAGGCAGCUCCCACCCUUCCCAAAUCCACGCUGGGCUCUCCUUCCCAUCUCCCUGAGCUGUAAUUCCAGGAGCAGCGACCUGGGAUGGGCGUCCUCGCUCCUUCAGGUUCCUUUUGGAAAAAACCAAGGUUGGGAUCCUCCAAACCGGCUCCUGGCACUCAGGAUUUGCUGUUGGGAAAGUCAAAUCCGGCCAAGGGAGAGAUUCUGGGAGUUCCUGAUCCCGGGAGGUCAAGAGCCGGAACCGCAAGUCAGAGCCCGGGAUGAAAAAUGGGAUUUUGGGACUCUGGUCCCAAUUAACUUUUUGUUCCGAGAGAUGUUCCAUCACUUCCAAACAAAAUUAAUCUUUUAAACAGAUUUCCCAAAAAAAAAAAAAAAAAGCCCUGGAAGACAUCCCAAAUCCCCUCUCAGUCUCUUCCUAAUGAUGGGUGUCCUCCGACACGGAUGGAAUUGCUUAGGAGGGAAAAGUCACUGCAGGGAAUUUAAGAGGGGGGUGGGAAACAGGGGCAGGACCCAAAUCCAAGAUUUCCAGCUUCCCAGAAUAAGUAAUGCUGCUCUCACACCUCGCUCCGCAUCCAUUGAGCAUUCCUUAGUGGAUUUCAUUUUUUUAAGAAAAGGAAAUUGGAUUAUCCCAUAAUUUUUCGCAGCUCCGGCAAAUAUAUUCUAGCACCAAUGGGAAAAAAUUAUAUUAAAACUCAAAUUUGGCUUCCCAAGAAGCUUCUUUCCUUCUUCAGGAGUUGUCAGGCGUUCCAGGAGCUGGGAAUAAUCCCAUAAAAGGUGUCCAGAGUGGGAAUUUGCAGCCCAACCCAUCCAUAGGAUGUUCUCCCUGAGCCAUCAACACCUGGCAGGUGGGAAAGAAAGGAGGGGUUUUCCUGGGAGGUGGGAAAGGAGGGGUUUUCCUGUUUUUUUGGGGGGUAUUCCUGGGGCUGGAUUUCUGGAGUUCAAGGCAGAUGCUCCCGGUGAUUUUUGCACUUUGUUCCAGAUCCAAUCCCAGCUCCCGCUCGGAUGGGGACGGGAGGAGUUGGGAUGAUGCUGUUUUGGGCUUGGCAGCUUUGGGGAAGGUGGAAUUUCAGACGGGAGCUGUGGGAAGGGUUGUGGUGGCCCCAGAUUCCUUGGAAGUGAGGCUGGGAUGGAGCUGGGGCCGCUCCGGGGGCAUCGCUGCUGUCACGUCCCUCGUGCCGAUGUUUUGGGAUCGAAUUCCAACCAGAAUCCAAAUCCCAGGCAGAGAUUCCUCACCCUUGGGUGUCUCCUGCCUCCGCUGGGCUUUUCCCGUUGGUUCUGGGUUGGGUUUGGUGCUUUUUAGGGCCUUGGAGGGGUUUGGAGCAUCCAAGCACCAUCCCACGGUUGGAUUUGUGUCCCAUCCCUGGGCGCCGCAGGAUUUUUGGGAUCUCUAUCCCGUUUUUCCUACAGCUCCACAGGGCUGGAGACCCCUCGUAUCCCCCCCCCCGGCACGAUUCCAUAUUUAUCCCACUGCUGGCAGCUCCAAGGGAACACAAAUCCCAUCAAUCCCAUCCCAAAUGACUCCGGGAUGAUCCCAGCUCUGCUGUCCUCUGGGAACGCCGUGGAUCGGCGGGAAGCGACCCGAACACACCGGGAUUGGCUGGGAUUCACCCCAAAAAUGCCAGGAGGGAGCUCGGGGGGAGCUCAGGGGGGAGCUUGCUUCACCCCCAAAGCUGCUGCUCCAAUCUCCAGCCCCUCUCUCUCUUGCCCCCAGGGCUGGAUUUGGGAAGCUUUUCCCAGAGCUGGGAUCCAUCCCCACCUGCAGCUUCCCGAAAAUUCCAUGGGAAGCUCUGGAAUCCUGUCCUAUCCAAGCUGCUCCCUGCCUUGGCUCAUCCCUCAGAUUCUGUUUUGCCAGGAAAACCCCCCACACUCCCAUCCCACGUCCCAUCCCUCCCUGUCCGCCGGGGUUGCCUUUUCCCGUUGAUUUUGGGGUGGAAGGAGCUGAUUUUGGGAACCGAGGUGGUGAAAACAGCUUUUUUUGCACAAGUCGUUGCACAAUAAGGGGAAAAUUUAGCAAAUUAGGUUUAACUUUAAAGGGAAUUUUGUUGUUGGUUUGUUUUUUUUUUUUUUUUUUCCUUAAAAGUCGCUAGCAGAGCUACUGAUUCCAAGAGGAAAAAGAGCUGGAAUGGUUGGAGAAAGGACUGCAUGGUUUACAGGUUCAAUUCUGUUAGAAAUUAGCAUGUUGGACAUUUAUCCUGGUGUAAUUCCAAUUAAACAAAUACAGCAUUUAACUGUUUCA